AUGUCAGUAUCAACUCCCAAUGAUCCCAGUUAUCAAACUCAGGAGAUCUCCCUUGAAGCUGAAGACGUUCUUAGGCUUAUUUGUGUUAAUCGGAACCAGCUAAUUGAAAAUAUUCGAGAGGAGGUGGAAAAGGAUUUGGUUGAAAUCAAUCACUCAAACCUAUUAAAAAACUUUCAACAUAUUGGUAUCUCUUCAAGUAAAAGCUCUACUGAACUCCAACUGACAAACCUCUGGAUUAAAUACAUUUACUGUUACAUUACAAAUGAGCUUGGAACUAUUCUGAUGAGUUUUCAUAAGGGUGCUGAGGACCCCCAAUCUGUUAAUUAUGGUCCCUUUGGGUUUACUACGUUCAUCAAACUAUGGAAGUUACCUUUCUCAGUUGCAAGCUCAACCGACGUUUUUUUAGAUGAAGACGAGAAAAUGGUUCUGAAAGGCACAGAUAAUCUGUUGACGAAGAGGCUCGGAGACAUAAAUUUUGGGGAGUUUUCCAAUGUUAAUUAUGAAGGGUAUUUGCUAAAAAAUAUUGAACAAAUGGAACAUGAUAUUACCGAUAGGAUCAGAAAAAUGAAAAGCAUUCAGGUUAGGUACACGGACAAGUUGGUGACAUUAUUUGAAUUGACCAAAGGGCACUGCUUUGAAGCUGAUGUGGCGUAUAAUGUAGCUGAAGUUUCAGAGAGAGACCUCGCAAGAGAAUUUACCACCCGUGUGAUAGACCCGUUGGUGGGCUUUAUUUCAUUUGUAUUCAAAAUUAAAUUAAAAAAUGAAGGAGACUAUGGUUUGAAAUUUGAAAAUACUUUAUCUGAGAGUGAUCCCUUGAAAAGGGAGCUAGUAGAAAGUUUAAAAGUUGCUAGUUUAAUACAUGCUGAAACGGUCGUUACCAUGAUUCCUCGCUCUACUGAUAAAAACAAGAGAAACAAAAAAGUUCUAUUGAUUGAACACCCUAAAGAUCUAAUGGUCUCAAAAAUGGCUUCUUCAGGCAAAUUGGAAAGAGCAAAAGCCAUUCUGCUUCGAAUGUUGUCUUCUAAGGUCUACUCAAAGGAGUUAAGCUGUGGUAUUGUCAAUGAUAUCUAUGGAUCUCUAUUGGUUAUUUUUGACCCGAGCAAAUACAAACAUAGUGAAGAUGGUCUAUUUAAUUUGGACGGUUUUCAGUCUUAUCAAGUUAAUGAUACUGAGUUCUUCCAUCAGGUCGAUAACGAGAAGCAGCAUCUCAACUCAAGGAUUCUUGUUUCAAUGUUACUUUACAUGGAGAUAAAAAAACAUAUUAACGAGAAUGGUUCUCAAGAAGCGCGCCGAAAUGAGCCUAGCUCUGCUUCUUCAAAAGUCAAAGUAGAUCAAUUAAGUCAUAGAAAACCCCUGAAGACUCUGGCCUUGAAAUCUAAUGAGCAACUGAAAGUCCUGGAUCUGAAAAUGAUCGGCCUAUAA